UGGGGUUGCACAGUCAGAGAGGAUUUAGUUCCCCGAAGUGUGGUGUGGUUGGGGCUUUAUAUCCGGGACAAGGCAGAGAGUCACCACACUGUAAGCAAAUCCUGGGGCCUCAGCAAACCCAGCUCCGGGCAGCUGGCCCCACGCCCGGCUUGGAGUUCGAGACUCUGGCCACGCUGUGCUCCGGCCCCGCAGGCUGUUGACCCGGUGGCCUUUAUCUCUGUCCCCCUUUGUUCCUUUUAUCUCAGGCUCCGCAGGAGGCCUGGAGGGGCCACGUUGCCUAUCGCCUCCCGGCUGUGCUAGCUCUUCAAUGCCCUGAAGGUCUGGAGCUGCAGAGGACCCGGGGCACCGAGUGUCUUGCUAACUGGGCCAGGCAGUGACGCGAGACCGUCGGCCCUCCCACCCCAAGGGCACUGACAUCAGGGCACCCACGCGGGUCCCUGCAUCCGCCGGCUCCGGUGCUGUGCGCUCCACGAUGACUCCCGGCCGGGCAGUGGCCGGGCUGCUGCUGCUGGCGGCCACCGGCCUGGGACACCCCGGGGAGGGACCGGAGCUCGCCUUCAGUGAGGACGUGUUAAGAGUGUUCGGCGCCAACCAGAGUCUGUCGGCGGAGCAGCUGGGGCGCCUGCUGGAGCGGCUAGGGGCUGCACCCCACCAGGGAGCGCUGGAGCUGGGGCAGCUGCACUUCAACCAGUGUUUGUCAGCAGAAGACAUCUUUUCUCUUCAUGGCUUCUCAAAUGCUACCCAGAUAACCAGCUCGAACUUCUCUGCCAUCUGCCCUGCGAUCUUACAGCAGCUGAACUUUCAUCCCUGCGAGGAUCAGCCGAAGCACAGUGCAAAGCCGAGUCUUUCCGAAGUCUGGAGCUAUGGAAUCCUGUCGGUGACAAUUAUUAAUUUGGCAUCUCUCCUGGGAUUGAUUUUGACCCCAUUGAUAAAGAAGUCAUACUUCCCCAAGAUUUUGACUUAUUUUGUGGGGUUGGCUAUUGGGACCCUUUUCUCAAAUGCCAUUUUCCAGCUUAUUCCAGAGGCAUUUGGAUUUAAUCCCAAAGUUGACAAUUAUGUUGAGAAGGCAGUUGCUGUGUUUGGUGGAUUUUAUAUGCUUUUCUUUGUUGAAAGGACACUUAAGAUGCUACUGAAAACAUAUGGACAGAAUGACCAUACCCACUUCGGGAAUAAUGACUUUGGUUCUAAAGAAAAAAACCAUCAACCCAAAACACUACCAUUACCUGCAAUCAAUGGUGUGACAUGCUAUGCCAACCCUGCAGUCACAGAGCCUAAUGGACACAUCCACUUUGACACUGUCAGUGUAGUGUCCCUCCAGGAUGGAAAAACGGAGUCAAGUUCAUGUACCUGUUUGAAGGGGCCCAAACUGUCAGAGAUAGGAACAAUUGCUUGGAUGAUCACACUCUGUGAUGCCCUCCACAAUUUCAUUGAUGGCUUGGCAAUCGGGGCAUCCUGUACUUUGUCUCUUCUUCAGGGACUUAGUACUUCCAUAGCGAUCCUGUGUGAGGAGUUUCCUCAUGAGUUAGGGGACUUUGUGAUCUUGCUCAAUGCAGGGAUGAGCACUCGGCAAGCCUUGCUAUUCAACUUCCUUUCUGCAUGUUCCUGCUAUGUUGGGCUAGCUUUUGGCAUUUUGGUGGGCAACAAUUUUGCUCCAAAUAUUAUAUUUGCUCUCGCUGGAGGCAUGUUUCUCUACAUUUCUCUGGCAGAUAUGUUUCCAGAGAUGAACGACAUGCUGCGAGAAAAAGUAACUGGAAGAAAAACGGAUUUCACCUUCUUCAUGAUCCAGAACGCUGGGAUGUUAACUGGAUUCACCGCCAUCCUGCUCAUCACCUUGUAUGCAGGAGAGAUUGAACUGCAGUAGUGGGAAGUGGGAAAUGGUGUUAAUGAAGGAAGACAUUUCAUAAGCAAUAAAACAAAACAUCUCCAAAGAGUAGCCUCUUUAGUUAAAAGAGAUUUUUAUUUUCAACUAGAAGCUAAGGAAUCUAGCGACUGUGUUCAGACAUGGAAGAUUGAUGAAAUUUUGUUGUUAAAAAACUCUUUAAAAGGCUUUUGGUUUCAGUCUCACAUGGCUGGUAUAUGUGGGCCUUUGGUAAAUAUCUGUUUUUUGGUGUUUUAUGCAUAUUAGAAAAUUAUCAUGAGGCAAAACACAUGCAUUCACAAGCAGACACACAGACCCAGACAAAAACACAAUCUUGGUCAUGUAAGACUUUAAAUUUGGUAGGAUUAAAAGAAAAUGCAGGUGCUUUCAAAGUGGUCUUCCUUCAAUUAAUGUGUUCGGCUGCUUAUAAGGGCAGGUGCAUCAAAUGUAGAGGAAAAUCAAAAGAGCUCCAGUGCAUCCAUGAAUGAUUCCAGAGCCUUAAUGAUCCCCAGAAAGAAGAUUGCUCACAGUGUUGUUCAGUUUUAUGUCUCAGUUAGUGACUUAUAGGCUUGUUUUGAAAGCUAUUCCGAAGUAACACGAAUUAGGAAACUUGGAAAGGCUUCUAGCCCUGUGAAGCUUGAGCUUAGGGGUGUGUCAUUGAGUGUAAACUCAACCAGCUUCUGCAGAAGGUCAGAACGGCUUCACAGUGACUUAGGUUGUGGUUUCCACCCUCGGAAAUGGCGGGGGACUGUGCAAGACUGUUCAGAACUCAGUCUCACCCUGUUCUGGGAUUGCUUUGUGAUGGUGAAGAAUAUGUUGGGUGGGAGAGAGAAAUUGAAUGUAAUAUUGAGCAAUUUACUUUUUAGAGAUGAGCAUAAUUAUUUAGCAGGGAAAAUUUCAAUAAAUGCAAAACAGCAGCUGGGCUGUGCUGUGUCAGAGACUGGCGAUGGAAGCAUGUGUUCAUUAGGGGUGAUUGACAGUCAGUUGGAAACAUCUUCUUUUAUGUUCAGCAUGUAUUUUUCCAUAUGGUAUACCUUUGGAAAAAACUCAGCAUACUGUGAUUAUUUUUCUACCUUUUGUAGGAGACAGAGCUUGUUGAGUUUUUGAGCAGGUAGUAGACCAUUAGUCCAAAUUGAACAUCCUAGUCUCAAUUCACACUCCCAAGUAACUUUAAAAAAAAUCAUGAUUUGACAGUGAUGAAAAUCACUCAUAGAAACGAACAGUUAUCUCAGGAAUGAUGUUUUCCUACAAUAACAAUGUAAACUUGAUAGCCAUUUCACGUAUAUGUUUAUGUAUAUAUCACUCUAUGUCUGACAGUUGAAAAAUAGCAUGUGACCAAACAGUAAACAACUUUGAAGCCAUGUACUGUGUCAGUUAUUUUUCUUUUAAUAUGUCUCUGUUUUGAAUGACUAUCAUGUACCUGGUAUUAUGGGGGAGAGAUACAAAUAGGAAAUGGAUAUUGUAUUGUUUAUUUCAAA